ACUGAUGCUGAAUAGUAGAUUUUUUUUUAGCUCUCUCCGAGUCAUGGAUUCAAGUUGUGGAAUGUGGACGCUCCUCUGGUUCAGUUUGGCUCUUGUGCAGGAAGGUCAGAGUGAAGUCAAAGAGCCGGACAGCAAAUCUCAGCUGGAUGCUGCUCAAACCAAGACCAUGCUUACAGAAGGUUUUCUUCAACGUGGAAUGCACGUGAGGAGCUUCUCCAUCGAAGGAGAUAUUAUCAAACCUCUCCGGCAAAACAUCGUAAUGUACCAAACCCAAACGUGGCCGAAAUCCCCAGACGGCAUGGUGAGGAUUCCGUACAAGAUCUCGCCGCAGUACGACGAACAGACCCAGAGAGAGAUCGGCCGAGGCUUCAAGGAGUUUGAAAGAUUCACCUGCAUCCGAUUUGUACCUCACACUGACGAGGAGGACUUCAUCUCUCUUCAGCCUGUUCCUGGGUGCUCAGCGUCGGUGGGGCUGGUUGGCGGCGCGCAGCUCAUCGCACUGAACCAGCGGUGCCUGCAGAAGGGGAAGGGCGUCAUUGAGCACGAGUUAAUGCACUCCCUGGGCUUCUGGCAUGAACACACGAGGAGCGACCGAGAUAAAUACAUCAAGAUCGAGUGGAAGAAUGUGUGGCCCGGUUAUGAACAUAAUUUUUUAAAGAAAAAUACCAAUAAUUUGAAGUCCAAAUAUGACUAUGGCUCCAUCUUGCAUUAUAGCAGGACAGCAUUUUCCAGGAAUGGACAGCCAACCCUGACGCCACUGGUGGAUACAGACGCUGUGAUUGGCCAACGAGUCUGCUUGAGUGAGAUGGACUUGCUGAAGGUUAACCGGCUCUACAACUGCACGGCAUAUCUCAAGGAUGAGGCCGAUAUGGUGAAAUCAGCACCAAGCCCUUGUGUUUGGGGCAUUAUUAUCCAAGAUCUGACUGAACAUAAUUGGAUGGAGACCCACGUAUCUGAAACUGACAUCAAGUUCGGUAAAAUCGUUUGCACAGUGAAUGGAAUAUUAAACUACAAGGAUGUCAGCAGGUCGAUAGGCUGGUGA